GAGGGAGGAGGGGGUUUCUUUGCUCGAGUAAUGGCGGCGGCUGUGUACAGGUCCAGCACUCUGAGCAAGGACGAUGGCCGCUACCGCACACAUUUCCGCAUGAUCAACGAGCAGCAGGUGGAGGACAUCACCAUCGAGUUCUUCUACAGCCCGCACACCAUCAGCCUGCUCACAUGCACCGUGCUCAGCCUCAUGUACUUCGCCUUCACCAGAGAUGAUGGGAAUCAAGACAGCAAUCUGCGUGUAGGUCUUCUUGUGAUCAUCUUCUUUUUCUCAGUCAUUAGUGUCCUUGCCUUCCCAAAUGGUCCGUUCACAAGGCCACACCCAGCAAUAUGGCGGAUAGUGUUUGGUUUGAGCGUGCUCUACUUCCUGUUCCUGGUCUUCAUCAUCUUCCUGAACUGGGAGCAGGUGAAGGGACUCAUGUACUGGCUGGACCCAAACCUCCGCUAUGCCAAGCGGGAAGCUGACAUCAUGGAGUAUGCCGUGAACUGUCAUGUGAUCACGUGGGAGCGAAUCCUGAGUCAUUUUGACAUCUUCGCAUUCAGCCAUUUCUGGGGUUGGGGCAUGAAGGCCCUGCUGAUCCGCAGCUACGGUCUCUGCUGGACCAUCAGCAUUACGUGGGAGCUCACUGAGCUCUUCUUCAUGCACCUCCUGCCCAACUUUGCAGAGUGCUGGUGGGAUCAGGUGAUCCUGGACAUCCUGCUCUGUAAUGGUGGGGGGAUUUGGCUCGGAAUGACCGUGUGCCGCUUCCUGGAGAUGCGCACGUACCACUGGGCCAGCAUCAAGGACAUCCACACCACCACGGGGAAGAUCAAGCGCGCUAUGCUGCAGUUCACUCCAGCCAGUUGGACCUAUGUGCACUGGUUCGACCCCAAGUCCUCCUUCCAGAGAGUAACCGGAGUUUAUCUGUUCAUGAUCAUCUGGCAGUUGACGGAGCUGAACACUUUCUUCCUGAAGCACAUCUUUGUUUUCCCAGCAUGCCACGCUCUGAGCUGGGGUCGCAUCCUCUUCAUCGGCGUCAUCACCGCCCCCACUGUGAGGCAGUACUACGCCUAUCUCACAGAUACGCAGUGUAAACGAGUUGGGACCCAGUGCUGGGUGUUUGGAGCAAUCGCUUUUCUUGAGGCUUUAGCGUGUAUUAAAUUUGGACAGGACCUGUUCUCCAAGACGCAGAUCCUCUACGUCAUUCUGUGGCUCCUGUGUGUGGCCUUCAUCACGUUCCUGUGCCUGUACGGGAUGGUGUGGUAUGCUGAGACUUACGGGCCCAGAGAGAAGAGUUUGUCAGAAUGCGAGGACAGUGUUUACACCGAGACCGGCGAGAACACGUGUGUGAAAGGGUCGGACUCUGCGGCGCCUCCCACCACCAGGAGGAGAGGAAAAGGUUUGGGGAACAACAAACCCAUCAAUGGAGUGGAGAAAUAAAGAACCUCUCCAUACCCUUGCUCCUGCAGAAACCAAGGAAGGAUGAAGAGAAGUUUGAAGGGAGAGAAAGUCAACCUUUUGCACAAACAGCGCUCCAGAUGUUGGAGGGAAUAUCAGGACGAGAAGGCCGGGUCUUUGGUCCUGGAUUUAGUCAGUGUUGAGCCACCAGGUGGCGCUAUAGAAGUGACAAAGUGAGAAACAGCCUGAAGUUCAUGUUGAUGUUCAUGUUCACUGGAGAAACUCUUAGAUGUUUUUCCCCAUUGUCUCAGUAUUUCCCGUGUCGACGAUAACGAGCGGCACGCGUGCGUAGGUGUGGUGUGUACUGAUCUAUUCGUAUUCGCGUUUCCAUAUGAUCACGAUUUUAAAAACUCAGUGUAUCAUGGUUUACAACAGUAUUCCACAUAGCGAAAAACUUGCUCAGAAACGAGCCAUGGAAGGCUCUCUUCACCCCAAAUGUUUUCAGUUCAUAAACAUCCAAACAUCAUUCACUCCAAAACUUUAUUACGGCCAGUGUUCCAGGACCAACCUUUAACAUCGGGAGGCGGGGCCUACAGGAAGAGCGGGAUUAGACCAGUUAACCUUGUAAGUAAAGUCUGACUCGUAUUUAUAGAUGACCGAGAGUCGGAGUUUGUCCUGAACCGCAGCUGAUUUUGGGGAAGGUAGAUGUCUGUUAUGUAGCUAUUAGCUUAAAAAAAAACCCACACAUUUCAGCUAAUUAUGAAUUAUUUGUCAUGAAGAUGUUACAAGUUUUUUUGCAUCAGAUUUAUUCAGUAUAACAAUUCUGUCCUCACGCUAUGUGACGGAUGGGACCGAUUUUUGUCUGCACUUUUAACCUUCAUUAGAAAGAAAAAAAAAAAGUAUCGUUGGAACAGUACUAAAUAUCACGGUGAUAUCGUAGGACUGAUUAUCAGCACAUACUGACGGAGUAGAGCACAAGGUUUGAGCGCUUUGUUUUAGCAUUGACUGAUCAGGCCAUUUCGGUUCUGCCUUUUAUGGAUGAUGAUGAUGAUGAUGAUGAGAAUCGCUGCUAACUCCUAUCCAUUACCUCCAGACCAAUGAAGCCAGUGUUUGUAUUUCUGUUCAUUCUUGAAGCCUGUGUGUGUGCGUUUCAUAACCGACAUCUUGCCUAAUAAUAGUCCAUUUUAGAUGUGUGUCUGUAUAUAGUUGUUGUUGUUAACGAGGCAUUGAUGUGUGCAAGUUCAGCUUGUUUAGUCGAUCAUUCCUUUUAUAUCUGUAUUUAACAAAAAAAAAAUUAAUUUCCUUUUUCUCACUUGACAUCCCUGACAACAAUCUUCCCGCUGUGGUCCGACUCCGUCAUGAGUUUACACACUACACCAGACGUGUGCCAUUAUACAGUGGUAUGCAAAAGUUUGGGCACCCCUGGUCAAAAUUGCUGUUACUGUGACCAGUUCAGCAAGUUGAAGAUGAAAUGAUCUCCAAAAGGCAUAAAGUUAAAGAUGACUCAUUCCCUUUAUAUUUUAAGCAAAAACAAUUUUUAAUUUUCAUCUUUUACAUUUUCAAAAUGACAAAAAAGGAAAAGGUCCCGAAGCAAAAGUUUGGGCACCCUGCAUGGUUAGUACCUAGUAACACCUCCUUUGGCAAGUAUCACAGCUUGUAAACACUUUUUAUAGCCAGCUAAUAAUCUUUCAGUUCUUACCUGGGGGAUUUUCACACAUUCAUCCUUGCAAAAGGCUUCCAGUUCUACAAGUUUCUUGGGCUGUCUUGCAUGCGCUGCUCUUUUGAGAUCUAUCCACAGAUUUUCAAUGAUGUUUAGGUCAGGGGACUGUGAGGGCCCGGGCAAAACCUUCAGCUUGGGCCUCUUGAGGGAUUCCAUUGUAGAUUUUGAGGUGUGUUUUGGAUCAUCGUCUUAUUGUAGGACCCGUCCUCUUUUUAACUUCAACUUUUUUACAGAUGGUGUGAUGUUUGCUGGUAUUUAUUCGAAUCCAUGCUUCCCUCGACCAAUGAAAUGUGCCCUGUGCCACUGGCUGCAACACGACCCCAAAGCACGAUCGAUCCACACCCAUGCUUCAGAGUCGGAGAGGCGUUCUUUUCCUGGAAUUCGGCACCUUUUUUCUCCAAACAUACCUUUGCACAUUGUGGCCAAAAAGUUCUAUUUUGAUUUCAUCAGUCCACAGGACUUGUUUCUAAAAUGCAUCAGGCUUAUUUAGAUGUUCGUUUGUAAACUUCAGACGCUGAAUUUUGUGGCUCGGACGCAGGAACGGUUUUCUUCUGAUGACUCUCCCAAGAAGGUCAUAUUUGUUCAGGUGUCGCUGCAUAGUAGAACAGUGCACCACCACUCCAGGGUCUGCUAAAUCUUUCUGAAGGUCUUUUGCAGUCAAACAGGGGUUUUUAUUUGCUUUUCUAGCAAUCCAACGAGCAGUUCUUUCAGAAAGUUUUCUUCAUCUUCCAGACCUCACCUUGAUCUCCACUGUUUCUGUUAACUGCCAUUUCUUAAUAACAUUACAGUCUGAGGAAACAGCUACCUGAAAACACUUUAUGUUCUUGUAGCCUUCUCCUGCUUUGUGAGCAUCAAUUAUUUUAUUAUUCAGAAUGCGAGGGAGUUGCUUAGAGGAACCCAUGGCUGUUGAUUUUAGGGACAAGUUUGAGGAGUCAGAGAAUUUAUACAGCUUUGAAAUCUGCAUCAUCUGACCUUUCCUAACGAAGAAUUUGAACAAGCCACAGCUCAAUAAGCUAAUUAAGGUCUGGAACCUUGGGAAAAGUUACCUGAGAACUCAAAUGUAUUGGGGUGCCCAAACUUUCGCAUGGUGUUCCUUUUCUUUUUUCACUCUCCAAUUGUACAAAACAAAAAUAAUACACAAAUCUUGCAGAAAACGCUGAAAAGAAACGUCGUCUUUACCUUUAUGCCUUUUGGUGAUCAGUUCAUCUUCUGCUCACUUAAUAACUAUUCACAGUAACAGACAUUUUCAGUAAGGGUGCCCAAACUUUUGCAUGCCACUGUAUAACAACCAACAUUAACACACAGUACGUUGAUCUCAUGAACACUUUAAAUUAUCGUCGCUGCCCUGCGUGCUCCGUUCCGCCAGACACUCCUUACAGUAAAGACGGCCAUUUAAAUUUUUUUUUUUUUUGGUUUUUUAGAACUAAUUUAUAUUCACAAUGAUUUAUAAUAUUGUAAAUUGUGAUGUUUUUCAGUUAUAAUAUGAGCAUUUUAAUAUCAACACACACACACACUUGUUUCCCUUUUUUUUUUUUUUUAAUUUGUCCAAACUUGUUUACACAUUUUAGAAGUGUGUUGAUAUUAAAAUUCCAUAUUAUGAUACAAUAAAUUAAGAACAGUUCAUGAUAUUUGAGUGUCGAGUGUAAAAUAUUGCUGUUUUUUUAUUUUUUUGACUGAAUUAUGAGAAGACACAUGGAUGGAGUGAUGGGUGUUUUUAGUGAAUCAUAUUAUCUGAUUCAGCUGACCAGUAAGAGUUGACUCUUUCAGCUCUCAAAUUAAUCAUUGCCAAUUUUUUUCAAACCCAGACAAAGUUUUCAAACAUUUACGAUGCUGCUGAUUUUUCUUUUGCAUAACUGAGGCUGAAAUCAUUUUGUGGAAUCUUACGGCGUUCCAGCUCACAAAAUAACUUUACUGUCCAAGGCGAGUCGAUUCAAAGAGGUGAUUUGUUCACAAAAAUGACAUCACUGCGACUUAAAUUUGAACAGAUGAUCUGCAAACUGUGAUCAUCUGGCAUUGUUUAAUUUGAUUAAUUACAAUAUAAUAACAUUUCCUGCCUAGUGAUGCUAAUUAGCGAGGCAGUUUUAUAGGAUUUUAAAAUUUGACUCUGAUGCGAGUCCUAAAUACUGAUUGGUUCCUGGGUUUACUGACAAGUUUACCAGCGAUAACUAACGUAAAUAUUUCAAUUAACAGCUGCCAGUUAGCUCUUGAAUUUAGCCAGUAAGUGUAAAGGUUUGGUUUUUUCCUUCCUUUUUUGGCCUAUUAACUUAUAUUACCGAUCAGAACGCAAAUUUUUUUUUUUUUGACGCGUUCAUCCUUCGCCGUAAUCGCUCAGCCACUUAGCACGAUCCCACUUUGCCAGAGCAGAAACGGGGCAAAAAUGUUCGACACGUUUUCGUGCACAAACUGCCUGCACCUUUCACUAUUCCUUAUAACUUCUUAAUAACCUUUAAACGUUUGUACAGGAUUUCCACACAGCUCUGUGUAAUUGUGUAAUGAUGUAGAUCUGUAUGUGAUUAUUUGGAGAGUCACUGCGUUUCAGAUUAAAACAAAUUCUACCUGUGA